AUGCAGGCUCUCGCCGCUCUGCACCGCUGUCCACCGCACACGCUGUUCCUCGAGGCAGGCCUGUGGAACGGUGGUAAAGGGGAGGAGGAGGCGGGGAGCGAGGGCGCGUGCAUCCCUGAGGAGGAGUUCCUGCACAAUGCACACCUGAGGAAACUCGGAGCGAGCUCCUCUGGCGAAGGCUGGGAGGGUUUUCCUGUGGAGGGCCAGGGAGACGCGGGCUCCGCGUAUCCGUCUGGCGGCCACCGGGGGGUUUCGUUGAGGGAGGUGGCGGGUGUGAGCCGGGCAGUGGGCCUUCUCAAAUCAAAACCAGCAGCAGCAGCAGCAGCCGGCGCAGGAGGGGCAGAAAUAGCAGGGGGGGCAGGGGGAGACGAAGGAGCAGGAGGAACGGGAGAGUCUAUGGGAGCAAUGAGGAGCCAGCUUGAGGUGAAUCCACAGGCAGGGGGAAGCGGGGCUUCAUCUCCAGGUGCCUCAUCGCAGGCUGCCCCAUCUUCCCCCACCCCGUCCGCUUCCCUCCCGGACCCGCAAGCCCUGGCGGAGCUGAAUGCGCUGCUGGCCUUCAAGGCGUCCGUCAUCGUGUUUAACGACCUCCUCGCCUCAUGGACCGUUCCCCGCUCCGCCUUCUCCGCCUCCUCCGCCCCAUCCGCCAACUCCGUCCCCUCCGCCUCCCCCGCCUCCUCCGCUGCCUCCCCCGACCCCUACAGCUUCCUCUGCGCCUGGCGCUUCGUUACUUGCUCCCCCGCCCGCCCAGGUGGCGCGCGGAGGGUGGUGGGGCUGAGUAUGACCAGGUUCGGCCCGGACCUGGACCAGAGGCCCGUGCUGAUGCUCACCCGCAGGUCCGUUCUGGAGGAAAAUUGGGACGGUUCAGGUGCGGCAAGUGGAGGGGGGAGCAGCGGUGACCUCGGUUCUAACCGGUUCACUGGUGGUCUUCCUGCCGACCUCUCGUCCUGCUACUUGCUUUACUCGCUCGACGUGUCGGGGAAUUUACUUUCAGGGCAGCUGUCGCCGAGCUUCUUUACGUCCCUGGCGGGGACGUCGGUGGGGGAGAUUUUCCUGGCGAACAACAGUUUCGAGGGUAAUUUACCCUCGGAAAUUGGCGAUGUUGUGACGCUGGGCGCUCUGGAUGCCAGUGGCAACCGGCUUUCUGGGAAGCUUCCGGAGCUCAAAUCCUGCACGCUCGAUACUAUCACCACCCAGCUUCGCCCCUCCCCCAUUUUCACCCUCGGCCUCGCCGGAAACCUCCUGGAAGGUCCCGUUCCGGCCGCCAUAGGAAACCUGACGUCAGCACGGACGAUUGACGUGUCAGGCAACCGCCUCUCGGGAUCCCUCCCACCGACACUUAGCCAGCUGCAGGUGCUCCGCUCGCUAAGUGUCAGUGGGAAUAACCUUUCCUCCCACCUCCCAGCAGAACUCAGCGCCCUCUCCCUACUCACCUCUCUGGACGUGAGCAGGAACGAUUUCAACGGCCCGAUUCCCCCGCAGCUAGCCUCUCCAUUCCUCCCCCGUCUCCUCUACUUAAACCUCUCUCAUAACCACUUCGUCGGUGCCAUCCCGUACGGAUUCUCCAACACUAAUACCUCUGCCACCGCCCUGGACUUCUCUUUCAACAAUCUUCUCGGUCAAAUCCCCUUCAACACCACCGGCACUCCCCUGUCUGCAUACGCGUUACAAGGCAACCUGGGACUCUGCGGAGGGUUCGGGUAUGCCUCCUGCCCAACGCCGCCCUACGAGAGCACAGGGGGGGUCUCUCCGGGAGCGAUUGCAGGGAUCGCGGUGGGCUGUGCGGCGUUUGUAGCGGCGCUGGUGGUGCUGCUGGUGCUGCUGUGGCUGUGGCUGUUUGCGCGAAGGAGAGGGCCGAGCCUGGACGGCGGCACCAUGCUGGUGUUUGAGAAGCUGGGCUUUAAGCUCACGGUGACGGACGUGGUGGAUGCGACUGAAGACUUCAGUAACAAGUUCUUGCUGGGACGAGGAGGCUUUGGCUCUGUUUACAGAGCCACACUGCAAGAUGGAAGGUCCGUCGCGAUAAAGCGCCUGGCACUAGGCAGCAGCCAGGGGCAGCGGGAGUUUGAAGCCGAGAUGAACACCCUCGGCAACGUGCGGCACCGCAACCUAGUAGUCCUGGUCGCUGCAUACCUCUCCCCGCCGCCCGCCCAAGAGCGCCUCUUAAUCUACGACUUCCUCCCAGGCGGCUCCCUAGACCAGGUCUUGGCGCGCGAAAUGGGCAAAGACUCGCCGAUGCGACGGUGGGCUGUAAGGAGGAACAUCUUAGAGGGUACAGCACGGGCCCUCAAAUACCUUCACCAGGAUUGCACCCCAGGGAUUAUCCAUAGAGAUAUGAAGCCCGCGAAUAUUCUCCUGGACGAGAAUUUAGAGGCUAAGGUGGCUGAUUUCGGGCUGGCGAGGGAGGCGGAUGCGAGCCGGACUCAUAUGAGCACGAGUGUGUUUGGGACGGUGGGGUAUUUGUCUCCGGAGUACUCGCAGAGGGGGCGGCUGUCGUUCAAGAGCGAUGUGUUCGCGUUCGGAGUGCUGGUGCUGCAGGUGAUUACUGGGAAGCUUCCGACGGACAGUGACGUGGCGGAACGAGGGCUCGCCAGCGCCCCCGGUCCUCCCUCCUGCCCAAACCCCAGCGCCCCCAGUCCUCCCUCCUGCCCAAACCCCAGCGCCCCCGGUCCUCCCUCCUGCCCAAACCCCAGCGCCCCCGGUCCUCCCUCCUGCCCAAACCCCAGCCCCCCCGGUCCUCCCUCCUGCCCAAACCCCAGCGCCCCCGGUCCUCCCUCCUGCCCAAACCCCAGCGCCCCCGGUCCUCCCUCCUGCCCAAACCCCAGCGCCCCCGGUCCUCCCUCCUGCCCAAACCCCAGCGCCCCCGGUCCUCCCUCCUGCCCAAACCCCAGCGCCCCCGGUCCUCCCUCCUGCCCAAACCCCAGCGCCCCCGGUCCUCCCUCCUGCCCAAACCCCAGCGCCCCCGGUCCUCCCUCCUGCCCAAACCCCAGCGCCCCCGGUCCUCCCUCCCUUACUCUCUCCCUUUCCCAACCCCUCACCCCCCACCCCCAUGCCUGCAGGUGGGUGGGGAUGCACACUGUGGCAUCAUUCGUGGACGACAGGAUAGACGACGCGCUGCUGUACGAGGAUGAGAUCAUGGGCGUCGUCACACUCGCCCUGCAGUGCACCCAGACUGUCCCCGCUGACCGCCCCUCCAUGCCUGAGGCUCUCGAGGUGUUGGAGAAUCUGCACGACUUUGCUAAGGGGAUCCGCAUGGGGAUAGACGCCAAGGAGGUGGAGUCGCACGUGCCUGAAGCCCUCAAGGUGCUGGAGAAUCUGCACGACUUUGCCAAGGGGAUCCGCAUGGGGAUAGACGCCAAGGAGGUGGACGUUCCACCUGCCGCAACCCCCGUUCCGCAUCCCCCCUGCCGCAUCCCCGAUUCCGCAAUCCCCGAGCCGCAUUCCCCCUUCCGCAUUCCCCCUUCCACAGUCCCCCGUCCAUAUUCCCCCUUCCCCAUUCCGCCUUCCGCAUUCCGCCAUCCGCAUUCCCCCUGCCGCAUCCCCGAUUCCGCAAUCCCCCAGCCGCAUUCCCCCUUUCGCAUUCUCCCUUCCGCAUUCCCCCUUCCGCAUUCUCCCUUCCGCAUUCCCCCUUCCGCAUUCAGCCUUCCGCAUUCCCCCUUCCGCUCCGCAUUCCCCCUUCCGCAUUCCCCCUUCCGCAUUCCCCCUUCCGCAUUACCCAGCAUCCUUCAAACUCACUCCCUCGUGCUCCCUGCCUCAUGCUCACUCCCUCGUGCUCCCCCACCCCCAUGUCCAUCUCCUGCCUCCCUUCACGCCCCAUCAGCCGCGCGACGCCUUUCACAGGGGCCUGGCGUCGGCAUUGCGUCUUCUGCACCCCUCCAACCUCCACUUCCCCCUCCAGAGCCAUACGGCAUUCGUUUCACCCCUACUAGCCCUCCCUUCCCCCUCAUCAUGCCACUAGUUUCACCCCUACUAGCCCUCCCUUCCCCCUCAUCAUGCCAUCUGCCUCCCCUCCUUUUCCCCCUUUCCCCCUCUGCUUCCCCUCUUUUCCCCUCUGCUUCCCCUCCUUUUCCCCCUUGCAUCCCCUCCUUUUCCCCCCUGCAUCCCCUCCUUUCCCCCUGCAUCCCCUCCUUUCCCCCUGCAUCCCCUCGUUUUCCCCACCAAUUCCCCUCCUUUCCUCCAUUGCUUCCCCCAAUUCUCCCACUGCUUCCCCUCCUUUCCCCCUCUGCUUCCCCUCUUUUUCCCCCCUGCAUCACCUCCUGUCCCCCCCUGCUUCCCCUCCUUUCCCCCACCAAUUCCCCUCUUUCCUCCCUUGCUUCCCCUCCUUUCCCCCUCUGCUUCCCCUCCUUCCCCCCUCCUUCCCCUCCUUUCCCCCUCUGCUUCACCUACUUCUCCCCCCUGCAUCCCCUCCUUUCUCCCCCUGCCUCGCCUGCCAUUCAUCCAUCAGGUCUGCAGUGA